AUGGCGGAGCUACUGCAUGUAGCCUUUAUUUCUGAACUUCUGCAAAACAAUGACACCGGAGAUGGUCUGUUGCCUGUUUUAACUAAACGGAAGCAGAACUUUGUGUCUUCUUUAGGUGUUAUAGCUUCUGCAAGUGCUAAAAUCCGUGAUGACAAGACAAGAAUUGAUAAUUACGCCGAAUCGGUUAUGCCCCUUUAUAGUAUCGAUGAAUUUCAAGAUCGAUUUCGUAUGAGCAGAACAUCAUUUGAUCAACUGUUAGCAGAGCUUUCACCUAUUUUGCUUAAUCGAUACAAGCAGAUGAAAAUUGGACCAGAAAAACAAUUACUUAUUUUUGUAAAAUAUGUUUCGUCUCUUCACACAUUGCAAGCAAUAGCUGACUUGUUUGGCAUUUGUGAGACUACUGUUCACGUCAUUGUAAAAUACGUUGCAGAAAUGAUAUGUAAAUACCUCCUACCAUCAGAGAUAAAAUGGCCAAACUCUGAACCUAGAAAUGCUGAAAUUGAGCAUGGAUUUAGGAGUUUAAAAGGCUUUCCGGGUGUAAUAGGUGCCAUCGACAGCAGUCAUAUUCCUAUCCGCACUCCCAAAGAACAUUCUGAAAGCUACAUUAACCGAAAAGGUUUUCCAUCUAUCAUUUUGCAAGCAGUUUGUGACAGUAAUCUGAACUUUACAGAUGUGUAUUGUGGUUGGCCUGGCUCUGUGCACGAUGCCCGAGUACUGAAAAACUCGCCGCUAUUCCUGGAAACUGAAACUGAUCAAAACAAAAAGUUUCCUGGCAAUACCCAUUUUAUUGGAGAUGUAAAGGAGUAUCUUCGGGAAGGUCUCGAACUCAAUGAAGAAGUCAACAACUACCAGGAUUUCAUGCCAAGAUGCAAGUCAGCUGAAAUUAAAAGGGAUCACAUCAAAGAGCUCUUGGAUAAAUGA